AUGAGCGAAAUUCUAGUAAUAACCUGCCCAAGCGGCAAGCAAUGCUCGCGUCUGAUCCCCCUCCUCUACAACAAGGGCAAAUUCCAGCUCCGCCUCGCCGCACACUCCGAAGCCUCCGCCCUCAAGCUCAAAGCCCAGUACCCCGACGCCGACGUCGUAACGACAGACCUCCAGCACCUCUCCGACUGCCGUCAGCUCCUGCACGGCGCAACAGCCAUCAACGCCGUGCUGCCGAGUCUGCACUCCCACGAGAAAGAAAUCGGCUUCAACCUGAUCGACGCAGCGGUUGCGGAGUCUCGACGUACGGGAAACGUGUUCCGGCACUUCGUCUUCUCGAGCGUCCUCGGGACUCAGCACCGCAAUCUCCUGCAGCAUGAUCUGAAGAGCUACGUUGAGGAACGCCUAUUUCUGAGUCCGCUGGAUUGUUGGACGAUUCUUAAGCCGACAAAUUUCCUAGACGCAUACCCCGUCGCCGCGCUCGCGGCACAGGAAACACCCGUUCUGGAGAAAUGGUGGAAGCCAGAACACCAGAACAGCGUGAUCGCGCUGGCGGAUCUGGCUGAGGCGUCGGCCAAGGUGUUGAAUGACAGAGAAAGGCAUUAUUUGGCUGAAUACCCCCUGUGCUCGACCAUGCCCAUCUCCGAGACGGAGAUUAUUCAAAUCAUUGAGAGGCGCAUUGGGAAGAAGAUCGAGAUUAGGACGCCUUCUUUUGAGACGGGGGUUAAUAAGCUCGUUAGGGCUUUGUAUGGUGGGGAGGAGAAGGGCGAUGGCGAGCUGGGUCUUGGGUUGGCCAGUGAGGGUGAUUUACGCGGUGAUCUUGUGCGUGAUACGGCUGAACAUUUGAUUUUGUUUUAUAAUCGGCGUGGAUUGAAGGGCAGUCCGAAUGUGUUGAGGUGGUUGUUGGGGAGGGAGCCUACCUCUGUUGCGCAGUGGGUUGAUGGGGUUGCGCUU